ACAGAGUUCCGUGUUAAGAGUCCAACUGCAUUAGUGCAGUUUAAUAUUGAUCUUCGAGAUAUUGCUGUUCAUUUUAUGUAAUACUCUUUAUUUUGUAAAGAAAAAUACAGAUUAUUGUAGGAAAAAAAAUCAAGUUUAUACCGCUUGAUUUUGAUAACACCACUGGUAAUGGGUGCCUCUUCAGCAAAUGAAGUUCUUCAUCCUUAUUGGCCACGCGAGCUUUUGAUUCCCACCUAUGUGGCUAAUGACCGAUCCAUGUCAGAGAUUCUGGCAUUUCUUUUCUCUGUUUCUGGUGCGUUUCUGUUUGUUACCUGGCUGAUUACCGGGACCUCCGGCAGGCUGGGAACGUGGAGACGCCUGGCAGUAUGUUGGUUUGCAGUUUGUGGUUUCAUUCAUGGUGUCAUUGAAGGCUGGUUCUCACUGUAUUAUGAUAUCCUACCUGGAGACCAGAGCUUCCUGUCUCAGCUGUGGAAAGAGUACUCCAAAGGAGACAGUAGAUAUGUAAUAGCUGAUAACUUUACAGUUUGCAUGGAGACUGUGACUGCGUGGUUGUGGGGGCCUUUUAGCUUUUGGGCUGUAUAUUCCUUUUUAACUAACAAGCCCUACAGAUUUGUUCUGCAGCUCAUAAUUUCAUUAGGUCAGCUGUAUGGAGCGGUCCUGUACUUCUUCACAGAGCACAGAGAUGGCUAUGCUCACAGUGAGUUGGGACAUCCAAUCUACUUCUGGUUCUACUUUGUGUUCAUGAAUGUGCUGUGGAUCGUGAUACCACUGGCGCUCAUCGUGGAUGCAUGGAGACAACUUUCAGCAGCCCAAACACGGACAGACAACACAAUGACCCAGAAGAGUAAGAGGAAAUAAGCAUCAACAGGCAGAAAGAAAUGCAGAUUCAAGGAAAUGAGAGAAAUGCAUAAAAAUAUAU